AUGGCGUCGGAAGACUGGAUUCCCCUGAUCCAACAUGGCGGCAGCGACUCAGGCCAGCCGAGGGUCGGGAGCGCCAAGAGCGUCUCUGCCCUCACCCAAGAUGGCGGCCCCGUGGCAGGUUUGCCAAAAAUCCAAGGCCCAGAUGGGUGGCUGGUGAUAGCAGUUGGUCUGGUCAGAGCCUAUCUGGCUAAAGGAAGCUACCAUAGCCUUUAUUAUUCAAUAGAAAAGCCUUUGAAAUUCUUCCAAACUGGAGCCUUACUGGAGAUUUUACAUUGUGCUAUUGGAAUUGUUCCAUCUUCUGUUGUCCUGACUUCUUUCCAGGUGAUGUCAAGAGUUUUUCUAAUAUGGGCAGUAACACAUAGUGUCAAAGAGGUACAGACUGAAGACAGCAUCCUCCUGUUUGUUACUGCCUGGACAGUCACAGAAAUUAUCCGUUACUCCUUUUAUACAUUCAGUCUGUUAAACCAUCUGCCUUACCUCAUCAAAUGGGCCAGGUACACGCUUUUCAUUGUGCUGUACCCGAUGGGCGUGUCGGGAGAGUUACUUACAAUAUAUGCAGCUCUGCCCUUUGUCAGACAGGCUGGCCUGUACUCCAUCAGUUUACCUAACAAAUACAAUUUCUCCUUUGACUACUAUGCAUUCCUAAUUCUGAUAAUGAUCUCCUACAUUCCACUUUUCCCUCAGUUAUACUUCCACAUGAUACACCAGAGAAGAAAGGUCCUUUCUCGUACUGAAGAACACAAGAAAUUUGAAUAGUUCCUGCUUCCUGCACCAUCCCCCAAAACCAAACUUUUCAAUGAUCCAAAAAUGCUGCAGACUUUUUAAGUUCCCAAUACGUUUCAUAGAAAAGAAUUAAGAACUAUUUUUAAAAUAUUAAAAACAAAACAAAAACCAAAAUCCAGUGUCACAUGGGCCUGGGAUUUUAUAAAAAAAAAACAAAAAUUUAAAAAGCUACUACAUAAAAUGUCCUGGCCGGUCCAUUUCAGCAUGCUCUUUCAACCAGAAGUCCUCAAUAUUUACAGUGGCACUAGAAAGGGAUUUGGCGUCUAUUCCUCUUGUGUCCAUCAUGUAUCCAGUAAGAGACCUAUCACACUGACUGCUUGCGAGUACAGUCCAUCUGAGUAAGGGGCUUGUCCCAGUGUGCACCUAGCUUGUAGCAGAGCUCGGCUCGGUCUGCAGUGUGUUUGGUGUUCCCUUCUCACAGUGCCUGACUGCAUGCUGGAAUCUCUUUGUAUUUUUGAAGUGGCAAACCUUUUUUCUCUGGAAUGCUCUGAAUUAAUGGCUGGGACCUAGCCCUUCCUAUCUAGUGGAUGAAUUAUCAAAUGUAUAUGCCUAUGAAGCUUUGGGGUAGUGCCCUUCAACAAAAAAAAAACUAGAACCCCUUUGUUUCUUUUCAGUUGAGUCCUUCUUGCCUGCCACUAAGAAACAUGCUUGAAUUAGUAUGUGUAUGUUGUAAAGAACCUACCUUAACCUGGAGCUUGGCUUGGACUGUUUUAACAAGUGACAGUACUCUGAGAGGUAAAGCUCCAUAGCUGGUAAGUGACAAGUACCUUUCUUAGGACUGGUCUCAGAGCACCUCUAAGUAAUGUAUUUGCCAACAGCUGUUCUCAUUAUGGACUCCACGCCCAUCUUGUCACACAGGAACAGGGAAUCUAAUUUUAAGUACAUGGAAGGUGUUGCUUUAAAAAUGUCUGCAGAAACAUUCAGGAA